ACUCAGCCAUGGAGAUACUUGUGCUUCUGCUCCUCACACUGCUGUCCUGUGCCAGAAGCACCCAGCAAUACCAGACAGCUGACGAGGUGCCAGAAAACUUCAUGGAGGUGCCAUCAAGUUUCCUAGAGUCACAGAUGGAUGAAAGUGUCUCUUCACAGCCUCUAUCUGAUGAGAAAGCCGCAGUAAAUUCUUUGCUAAAGUCCAUACUACAUAGCAGGAAUGUCCGCAGCUCCUUCCAUAAUUUCCAGCCACAGAGGUUUGGCAGAGAUGAGCGCAGUUCCAUGUUAGGUGACAGCAGGAUCCACUCUCGGGGAUGGGACUCAGUACCACAGUUCUGGAGCAUGGCUGUUCCCCAACGCUUUGGGAGGAAAAAAUAAAAACACAAUUCAAUGUACAAUCACAUAGACCUGCUAAUAAAUAUCAUCCUCACUGCUAUGAAAAAACUAUUAUUUAUUGAUUAUAGGGAAGAAUAUAUAUAUGAAGUACCAAUACAUAUACAUGUAAAAUGUGGGUUUUUUUUUAUGAAAAAGUGCUGAAGAACAGUAACACACAGCAGUCAGUCAGUCAAUCAAUCAAUCAAUCAAUCAGCAAGCAGCUUUCAUCAGUCUAUUGCCAUGUAGUCAAUCAGUGCCAAUGUGUGAUUGGUCAGCAUCUUUGAAUGGUCAAAUGCUUUGUAAAUAUACAGUACUUUUUCUGGCUGUUAGAUAAAACACUACUUUUAUUACAUUUCAUUUCAUUACAUUACUUUCACCAAGGAGAUGUAAUACCCACCCCUUGUAUAUAAUCGCUUUUCUCAUGUUUUGUGCAAUGUUAUUCUUCAUUCCUGAAUAGUAAAUAUUAAUCAAAUAAAGAAGACUUACCAUAUUAGUUUCAAAUCAUAUUGGUUGUUGGUUCUGUCAGCAAAUGAUGCUGAGACACUUCAUGCUUUACCUCACAAUUGUGCCACAGAAUGGUGGCCCCUAUACCCAGUCUGACCACACAUGUAUGCCCCAUACCACAGUAUUGGUGCGGCCAGAAAAUGUCUGCACACAGAGAGACAGUGGUCAUCCGAUUAUGUUUUUUCUUCC